AUGCCUUUCAACGUCACUCGUUUACGUUUUAGCGCCCGUCUCUCGACCACGGCUGCUGCGCAUUCUCCAUUGCGACCCAAGAUGCUCAAGAAGCCCAAGCAGCUCAAAAGGAUCAUCUUCUCCGCAAUGACAACAACCAAGGGAAAAAUGCUACUGGUAGGUGCGGGCCCCGGCGAUCCAGAGCUGCUGACGCUAAAGGCCUACCGCGCGCUGCAGCAAGCGGAUCUGGUGCUUGCCGACCGGCUCGUGCCCACUGAGGUGCUCAAGAUCGCCACGUGCGAGGUGCGCGUGGCUCGCAAACGCUGCGGCAAGGCCGACCUCGCGCAAGCAGAGUUGGACGCCUGGGGCCUUGAGGCGUUGGCGCAGUGCAAACGCGUGGUGCGCCUUAAAAACGGAGAUCCCUUCAUGUACGGUCGCGGCGGCGAGGAGGCUGUCAUCUACUCGGAGGCUGGCUUCGACGUGGAGGUAAUCCCAGGUAUUUCCAGCUCGCUAUCGGCGCCUGGGAGUGCAGGAAUCCCAGCCACUAUGCGCGACGUCGCCGACCAGGUGCUUGUCUGCACGGGUCAUGGAAAGAAGGACCGCUUCCCGGACCUACCCGAGUACUGCGACCACCGCACCACGAUCUUCCUCAUGGCUAUUGGCCGCAUUGAAGGACUCACCAAGGCGCUUCAGACCGAACGCGGAUACCCGAGCGACAUGCCCGCGGCGGUCAUUCACGCGGCCACCACGAGCGAUGCAUGCACAGUCCGCAGUACGCUGAGCGAGAUCGCUGACGAGGUCCGUCGUAGAGGCAUUGACCCGCCUGGUACUCUGGUACUUGGCAACGUGGUCAACGCUCUGACAUACCUCGAGAAGUACGACGCCGUGAAGGACGUCGAUAUUGAGCCUGAAAGCGCACCCAGGUACACUAUCUCAUAUGCGCCGCUGUCGAGCCUUCCGGAAAUCGACCUGGGCGAGCACAUUGUGCUGAACGUAAAGACCAAGCGCCCGGAGAUUUUCGGCUUCGAACUGUCGAUUGCGAAUGUCCUCUUCAUACUGCUCGCUUUGGCUUCCGUUGUGUACUCAGUCGCGUCGGGUGUGACCAUCACCCAGGCGUAGGAUUAUAUUUAAAACUUCUUUAAUGUAACGUACUACAGUACUUGUCUCCUGA